AUGAAUAACUCAGUGAACUUCACCGCACCCGAAGCAUCUAUAAAUUCCACAACUCAAUCCUUUGGACAAAUGAUAAGUCUGGAAAUCUGUGCAUACAUCAUCAAUUUCCUGGUUGGUGUUCCUACACACUCCUAUGUUAUAUGGCUCAUCAUCACAGGAACAGGAAGCGGAGUUGCAUCAGAGUUCUUCAUCCUCAAUCUCUCCAUUUGUGAGAUUGGAAACUCUUUGAACUGUUUGCUCUUUGUACUUUCAAAUUGGUUUUCAAGUGUCUUUACACUGUUAGAGUUUUUAAUAGGACUCUCUGUCACUGGCCGUCCUCUGUUUCAGUGUCUGAUGUGUGUUGAGCGUUACCUGGCAGUGGUUCAUCCUGUAACCUUUCUGAAGUACAAACCUCUCAGAUAUAGAGUGAUCUGCUGCACCAUGGUCUGGAUAAUCACUUUUGGUUCCUGUUUGUGGUCCAUGUUAUUUUCUUUUUCAAUCAAUGCACAUAUAUGGUUAAUCUCGAUGCAGUUCCUCCUCUUCCUCUCCAUCCAGUUGUUUUGUCUUGUGGCUGUUCUCAGAGCUCUGAAGCAGUCAGGACCAGGAGAGAGAGGGAGAGAGAGAGGGGAAGAAAACCACAUGAAGAGAAGAGCGUUUUAUCUAAUUUUAAUAACAACAGUGAACAUGGUUAUUAUAUAUGUGCCGAUUACUAUUUCAGCAUUAUUUAGCAAUCUGGCAAAUCUCAGUACUCAGGAAAUUUGGUCUCCUUCAGUGAUUUGUUUUGUGCUGGCUGGUUUUGUACAGCCUGUUCUUUAUCUGCAUCGGAAUAGAAAACUCUUUUGCUUCUGUUCUCCAUAA